UGAAAGCACCUACUCACCGGUAUGUAACCGAUAAUUCAGGUCAGCUGUAAUGUUUGUUGCAUUUCAUUGAAAAACGUGUAUUAUAUAUUAGUACGGUUGCCUAAUUCAAGCUGAUGCCUCUGUAGAUGGAAUGUUUUUCAAAGGUGCUUGCGUCCUUUUUUGUCAGUGACAAAAGGAUCAUGUUUGCUAACGUUAGCUGAGCUAACUAGCGUCCUUUAGUUUUUAAAGAGGCAGUAGCCCAUUUAACCCGCUAGUCAUGAACAUCAUCUUCAGGUUCCUUUGGUAAGAUUUAAAGUAUCACAUGAGUACGAGUUAUGAAGGAGCUCUUGAGAAAAGUGCACCACGUCUUGGUAAAAAUCGCGUUUUUCCCGAGCACUUUGGGCAAAUCUGUGACUCUUCCCGCCGCCUCGGAGGUGCUCACCUGUCAUCUAGUUCAGCGAAAACUUCCACCGUGGACCUCUUACUGCGUCCGAUACUCUGCAGUCCACAAUGAUCAGUUUGGACUUUCCAACUUCAACUGGAGUGUUCAGGGUUCCAACUACCACAUUCUAAGAACAGGCUGCUUCCCUUUUAUAAAGUACCAUUGCACCAAAGCGCCCCCGCAGAACCUGGACUUCGAAGACAGGUUUUUCACCAUGCUCAAAGUUAUCAAUCUAGGUAUUCCCUGUUUAGCCUACGGAAUUGGUUGCUGGAUGGUUGUGGGUGCUGCCGAAACGGUCAAGACGAGCGUUGGUCCUGUCAAAGUCUAUUUUGCCUACAAAGAAGAAGAAGGUGCUCAAUAUUGAACCAAAGAACAAACAGUAUUUCAAUGCAAGACAAUAGUAUUAUUCAUAUUUACUAAUGGGAGGCUCCAGUGGGCAUAUAGGAGUGGAAUUCUGUAUCUCAAGUGGACAUUUUCUGUUGACUUAUUAAAGAUUUCAAGUUGGAAAGGAAGAGUC